UGAAGGUAGUAGGUGCAGCGGUGUGGCUAGCGCUCGCAGCGGCGUACUCCUGAAGUAGUAGUCAUUGAUCGAAGCUUUCGUCUGGCCGUUACAUCUCUUGUCUGCUUGUUUCCCUUUGUUCGCGUUUCUACUGUAUUUUCGUUAGACCUUUUGGUUGUUGGGGACGGGACGUUCUUCGCGAACCGGUCUAUAGCGGUCUUUGUUUUCGGAAGUUUCCGAUUUUGAGUUCGUCGGACUCGUGUUAUUUGUGAACGUGGCAGUGACUAUGGAUUCGGUGGACAGUGACCCCGACCUGGCGGAAGAAUCGUUUACGGACGAAGACUCAACAGACGACGAUUAUGAGGACGGCGACUCCGACAGCGAAGAAGAAACUCUUGCUCCCACGUGGUCGUUCGGACCGUCUGUCACGCGGAGGAUACAGUUUACCGGGGAACCACGUCUACUUGUGCCCAUCCCAGGGAACAACACACCACUGGAUUGGUUCUCUUUGCUCCUCGACAUCGAUUUCUUGGAGCAAAUAAUAUCUGUGACUAACGACUUCGCUGUAAACGCCAUGUCUGAUCCGGAAUCAACGGAUAUGUCAAGCACAGACUGGAAAGAACUCACUAUAGAUGAGUUUAUAACAUUCAUAGGACUGUUGCUGCAUACAGGAACUAUAGGACUGAACAGACUACAAGACUAUUGGAGUACCCACUAUUUGCUCAACAUACCUGGGUUUAGACAGUUCAUGACCCGCAGCAGAUUCUUUUGGAUUUUGCGAUACCUCAGUUUCUCGAAAAUCUCCGAGGGAGAAGAGACGAAGAGAGAAAAUCAAAUUAAAGUGCUAAUUAAAUAUUUCAACAGUAGAAUGCGACAGAUUUACUAUCCAGGGAAAGAUUUGGUUGUUGACGAAGGGAUUGUUCUGAGGCGGGGAAAGCUAGUGUGUCCUCAGUCUGGGAAAGGGAGUCGAUACAAAUUGGGGAUCAAAAUACAUUCCAUCAACGAGCCAGAUGGCCUGUUCUUACGUUACGUUGUGAAUACGGGUAAAUCUUAUCUGUGCUAUGAAGGACGAAGUGAUCAAAUCAUUUUAAAACUAGCAGAUGAUUUUCUCAACAAAGGACAUUCGUUAUUCGUAGACGAAACAUACAACAGCUUCACUUUAGCCUCAAGACUCUUACAUCUCAACACCUACUGCACCGGACCACUCAAGAGUGAUAGAAAACAUAUUCCUCCACAAGUAAAAACGGCUAAUUUGAACAAAGGUGAGCAAGUUACUAACCACUCUGAUGGCGUCACUGUUUCAAAAUGGAAAGACGAUCGGUCACUGCUGCUAUACAUCACGACGGAGUUCCAAAACGACAUGGUACAAGUCGAAAAUAACCGCAACCAAGUCAAGUCUGUGCUCAAACCCACCGCUGAGUACAACAUCCGCAUGAAGAGCGUCGACAGAAUUGAACAGAUGAUGGCCCACUAUCCUUGCGAACGACAGGCUUUAAGUUCUCCGAAAAAGGUGGUGUAAGUGCGGUGGAGAUGUAUACAGGGUGUUGAAAAUGUCUG